AUGGCUACGGCCAGGGCGACCCUGGACGCCGCGGCGACGACCGUCAAAUCGAUGAAUAGCGACUUCACCAUCAGCGAACCAACCGCACCACUCGUCUCCGGGCUCAGCAAAGCGCAGAGCGCCGCGCAGCAGGCAAUCCGUGAUGAGUUGGCUAAGACGAGUCCCAACAUGAGCAUGAUUCAGCAGGUGUCGAUGCAGUGGACAGCCACCCCAAACCCCUUCUGGCACGACCUAUCAUCCCGCAAGGAGCCGAGCCUUGCUUUGCGGUGCUGGAUGGCUCAGGGCAAGGAGGUCGAGAAAUUCGACGGGGUAUGGAUGUUGCGCUCGUCUGCGGACGCCCAGAGAUGGAAGUGGAAGAAGCUAGGCAUGGCUCUUCCCGUCGAAACCGACUUAGUCUCCGAGGAGGCUCUCGAGGAAGCCACGCAGACGCUCUUGCCCUACGAUCCAAUCGACAUAUUCCAGUUGAAUCACGACGUAAGGAGCAUCAUAUUCGACUUCGUGGCCGGCGACCACGGCGUGAUCCGCCCCUUCACCCGCGGCAACGCCUACAAUCUGCCUAGCUGCAUCACUCUUCCUACCGGUGCCGUGCAAGCGGGCAGCCGUCAGUUCCGCCAGGAGACCCUUCUCGCGGUCCUCCGCACCACCACCCUGGAGAUCCACAACGGACCAGGAAACAAGAGGCUCCAGGACUGGCUUCGCUCGCUCCGCUUUGACGCGGUCAAAGACGAGAGCAACCGGGUCCGCAACGGCAACGGCUUCAACGCCAUCCAUCGCCUCUCGUUCCCGUACUUCUCACGAUUCCCGCACGCACGCCUGCCACCAGGAACAGUCAACAGCGACGUCGAACUCAUGCGGCGGAGCCCGGCGCUGCAGUACGUCAAGAUGCAAUGGGUGUCGCAGGAGCUACAGGAGAUAGACCCCACGACGGGAGCAUGGGUGGACAAGAGUGUCAGUGAGCUGAGGGAUGAGUAUCGUCUGCGAGGGAUGCUCGACUUGCGUGAUCUGAAAAGGAUUGUGUUUGUUGGACCGGCGAAGCUGGAUGGGUGGAUGGUCGAAGCCGGCUGGACGAACGGGCAUGGUGCGUUGGUGGCGCUGAAGAAGUGGUUUGAGGCGGAGUUUGCGCUGCGUGGGGCGAGUGUGCGGGUUGUGCUGGAGUAG